AUGACAGACAAAAUUGGGGAUCUGGCUUGGAGUGGCUUCAAGCUCACGUUUGGGCUCGUUAGUCUUGCUGGAGCAUGGACAAUGGCAGUAGUCAAGAACGGUGCGCUGUGGGCAAAGGAUACCGAAGAAGAGAAGCGGGAGUUGGCUGUUGCGCAAGCAAGGUUUUGGAGUCUUGAUGGGGAGCCUCUACCAGGCUUCAAGCACGCUUUUUUCAAGACCAGCAACGGCACGAGUUUGCACUACGUUAUCAACCAAGGCGCCGACACAUCGACGGCGAAGAACAUCGCUGUAUUCAUACAUGGCUUCCCCGAUUCCUUCCUCAUCUGGCGACACCUCCUCCAAUCCUCUUCUUUACAAAAGGACACCAUCUUGAUAGCCGUCGAUCUCCCUGGCUACGGCGGCUCCGACAGUCUGCCCGCAUACGGCCCGAACGAAGUACUCGAAGCGUUGAGCGAGUUCAUCGUAGGCAUCAGAGAACAAUUCUUGCAGGAAGGCAGGAAGGCAGUUGUAGUAACACAUGACUGGGGUGCGGUCAUUGGCGCGCGACUGGCUUCUGAGGCGCACGUGCUGGCUGACCACUGGAUCAUCACGGGCGGUAUCAUCCCUGGUCUACAACGCUCAAACGGGAAGAACAGGAUACUGUUAGCGAAGCAGAUGCUAAGGACAUGGAUGCAUUCGCCGUUCAACUUCCGUCUGUUGAAGAACGGCUUACAUGCGCUAGGCCCUGUGGCUGGACAGUUCAGACGCUCAUUCUACAUCUUCGUCUUCCAUCUACCCUGGCCACUCAACAACACCUUUGCGACUUUUGGAAACUACUGGUUCCUGCGCGUUCUCCACAGCUUCGGCAAGGGUACGCCGAGCAAGAAUAAGGCUCCUGCUGUCUUGAACCCUGUGGAAGCUGCUGAAGCAAUGGCCAUCUCUACUGGCCCUGGAAGCGCUCAGUUGGAGACGACUAACAACAACGGUGAGCGGUACGGCGAGUCUGUCAAGAGAAGAGUGGGCGACCGUGGAAUGUCUGAGAAGAUCCGCAUCUACAGGGAGAACCUAGUCUUUGGAAAGUGGGACAAGUCGCUCGAGAUUACUGCCGCUUUAUACAACAUCUCAUCCGAUGCUGCUGCUUCCCAAUCUCUUUCCCCUUCAGGCACCCUUUCUAACAUGGCACCUGAGGGUGCGCUGAAGGCCCCUUCGACGCUGAUGAUGGGACAACACGAACCGGCAUUCGAUCAACGGCUCUCACUUGACAAUGCUCGAGACUAUCUGGUUAAAGGCAGUCAGGUGGUGAUUAUCAAGGGGGCGGGUCACUGGCUACCACUCGAGCAGACAGGUAGGCGUGCGAUGGAGAAGACGCUGCACUGGGCGUUGGAAAAUGGUGCGGGAAGCGAGACGAUACCCUUUGAAGCGAUGAGCGAUGUGCGUGUUCUCGAGGCUUUGUAA